GCCUGCCGUCCUUUAAUUUGAGCUCAGCCACCGUGGGGUUCACACUCUCAGAAAGGGGGGUGGUCCUCUCGCUAUCCAAAUUUUACAAGGAAGGAGACCCGUUCUUUAUUUUUUUUUCAUCUCCUUGGAGCAAGACCUCACGCCGAUCCCAGAGCUGGAUUUUUAAACCUCCAAAACUCCCCGGGCUUUUUCUUUUUUUCGAUUUUCCUUUUUUUUUUCUUUUUUUUUUUUUUGUUUUGUUCAGAGCGCCUAAAGGAGAGUACAAUGGGAGCCCAGUUGUCCAAGGGUGGAGUAGCUGUGGAGGGGAAAGCCGCCGACCCUGCUGCUGCCAAAGCGAACGGCCAGGAGAACGGUCACGUCAAAACCAACGGGGACGUUUCCGACAAGCCCGACGGAGAAGCGGCCGCUCCAGAUGGGAAUGGAACCGCUGAGCCGGCCAAGGAAGGGGAAGCCAGCGGUGGGGAUGCCAUUGAGCCGGCUCCCGCUGCUGAGGGCGAGGCCGCCAAAGCGGAGGGCGAGGCCGCCAAAGAGGGCAAGAAGAAGAAGAAGUUCUCCCUGAAGAAUUCCUUUAAGUUCAAGGGCAUCUCGCUGAAGAAGAACAAGAAGGCCAGCGAGGAGGGUAAGGAGGAAGCGGCCUCCCCCGCCACCGAGGAUAAGCCGGAGGAGAACGGCCACACGGCCAAGGAAACCAAAGAGGAGACACCAGCCGCCGAGGCCAAAGAGGACGAAGCGGCGGCCGACACCGCCGCCGCUCCUGCAGCCGAGGGAGAGACCAAGGCAGCGGAGGAGGCCCCACCAACAGAGGCUGCCCCCGCUGAGGAGGCAGCCGCCGCCGCCCCUGCCGAGGACACAACACCUGCAGCCUCUGAGGGCGAGACCAACGCAGAGUGACUGCACCCGGCCACGGCACCUGAACUAAUUUUCCAAGAUUAAAGUAUAUAAAUAUAUAUAUGAGAGACAUGUGCCACGUUCUCAAAAGUUAUAAACAAAACUACAAAAAAGAAGACGACAAAAGGAUAUAUCGCGUUUGCUGAUUCAACCACCAGUUCACUGCCUUUUUAUUAGUUCGACAGACGGAAUCUCACCGGGCCCYCUCAUGAUGACCACGUCGGUUUGCGUCGCCCCCCCCUCCCCCCCUCAUGGUACACACAGGGACUGGCGUGUGGCGAAGGUAAUGGACUGGACGUGGAGCGACUUAUUUUCCCAAUUCAUGGAAAAGCAUCUUUUUUAACAGCGUGGCAGCCCUAUAACGUGUUAUUUUCUUUCUCAUCUUUGUGGGAUCAAAAUUUUUUUUCACCAUUGCAGAAAGGGGCAGACCAUCUCUUUCACUCGAAAUGACUGUUAUAUGGACACAUCGAUUUUUUCAAAUGAUCUUAUUAAUUUUUAGGUUUUACAUUCCUUGCUUUACCCCCCGAAUUUCAAGUAUUUUGUCAUGUAUAGAAAAGUGAACAUCAAGGAGGGGACGUUGGAUAAGAGCAAAGUCUUUGUUCGUGCUUUUUGAUUCUUUUUCUGGCUAAAACCACAUUCAAGCUUCUCUCUCGAGUGUUGCAGUGUUCACAUUUCAGAGUUUAUGAUGCAGGGGUUGGGAUUGUGUACAAAAUGUGAGCUUUUUAUCUGCAAACUGUCUCUGUAAAUAUGUUUUGGCCGAUAUUUUUGGUUCUCUUUAUUUUGCUAUCGUUUGAAGAUGUUAAUGGUUUUAUUGUAACUUUUAAUAAGGGUAAAUAAAUGUUUGAUCCCCUCUGAA